AUGCCUCAGAAGAAGAUCCGCUGCACCUUCAAGGAGUGCAAGGACGCUGCCCAGCGUAUCGUCGGUGACUGCGGGUUCUGCAGCGGCCACUUCUGUGGCAAGCACCGCCUCCUCGAGGAUCACAAGUGCUCCGGCUUGGAAGACUGCAAGAAGCAAUCCCACGAGCGCAACGCUGCCCAGCUUGAAUCCGAGCGCACGCAAGUCAUCCGUGGAGUAUAG